CAUGCGCAGAGGGGGCGUGUCCGGCGCAGGCGCGGCCGGCGGCGCUAGGGCCAUGUCGCAGCGCGGGGGGGGGGGAUCGCGACCAUCGCGACCGCGAUCGCGACCGGGAGCUGCAGUGGUCGGCGCGCAGGAUGGGCACGUCCCUGCUCCUGCAGCUGUCGGCCCACGAGCGGGAGCUGGACCUGGUGUGCCUGGACCACAGCUACGCCAAGCCCUGGAGCGCUCACCCCGACGCCAGCGCCGCCCGGCCCGCCCGCCUGCUGUUCCUGACCCCGCGGCGGCAGCAGCCCGGGCCCGCCCUCGAAGCCGAUGUCCCCAUCGACGUGGAGACGGUGACGCCCACGCCCGUGCCGCUGUACGACAACCAGAAGGCGCGCAGCGUGAUGAACGAGUGCGAGCGGCACGUGAUGUUCGCCCGCACGGACGCCGACGCUCCCCCGCCGCCUGAUGACUGGGAGGAACACGUCAACAGGACGGGCUGGACGAUGGCGCAGAACAAGCUGUUUAAUAAGAUUCACAAGGCGCUGCAGUCUGACCGCCUGGCUCGUUUGGCUAACGAAGGGGCUUGCAACGAGCCCGUCCUGAGGAGGAUAGCGGUGGACAAAUGUGCUCGGAGGGUCCGCCAAGCUCUGGCGAGCGUCAACUGGGACACCAAACUGAUCCAGUGGCUUCACACGACGUUGGUGGAAACCCUCAGUUUGCCGGUACUGGCUGCUUACCUGGAUGCUCUGCAAACGCUGAAAGGAAAGAUCCCCACGCUGAUCGACAGGAUGCUGCUCUCCUCUACGGCCAAGACGGGGGCGGCGGGCGCCGAGGCUCUGUCGCUGCUGCUGAAGAGGCCGUGGGACCCAGCAGUGGGGGUCCUGUCCCAUAAUAAACCAAGCAAAUUGCCCGGUUCCCCCCUCAUCCUGAUCGCUUCCUCCGGACCCUCCAACUCCAUGUUCCCCACGUCUCGACGGCACCGAUUCUGGCAGUCGCAGCUUUCCUGCUUGGGAAAGGUGAUUCCCAUCGCCACCCACCUGCUGAACAACGGCAGCGGGGUGGGGGUGUUGCAGUGUCUGGAACACAUGAUUGGGGCGGUGAGGAGCAAAGUGGCUGAGAUUCACAGCCACUUCUCACACAAGCCGAUCAUCCUGAUCGGGUGGAACACGGGUGCCUUGGUGGCCUGUCACGUUUCGGUGCUGGAGUACGUCACCGCAGUUGUGUGCCUUGGAUUCCCCCUGCUCACCGUCGAUGGCCCCCGAGGGGAUGUUGACGACCCCCUCCUGGAGAUGAAGACCCCCGUUCUCUUUGUGAUCGGUCAGAAUUCCCUCCAGUGCAACAUCGAAGCCAUGGAAGAUUUCCGGGAGAAAAUCCGAGCGGAUAACAGCAUGGUGGUGGUGGGAGGAGCAGACGACAACCUCAGGAUAAGCAAAGCCAAAAAGAAGACGGAAGGCCUGACCCAGAGUAUGGUGGACAGGUGCAUCCAGGAUGAAAUAGCUGAUUUCUUGACCGGAGUCCUCACCCGAGCAGAGAGCCACUCGGGCUCCGAUCCCCGUGACCUGGAUGCUGAGAAGAAGAAGAAGCCGCGCGACUCGACCCGGAGGGAUCUGUCGUUCGACUUGCCCGAAAGAACCAGCAGACCCACCUCGCCGGCAGCUAAAGUGCCCGCUUCACCCUCAGGAUCUGAGGACUUAUCCAGCGUCUCCAGCAGCCCCACGUCGAGCCCCAAGACGAAAAUGGCUGCGGUGUCCUCCGGCCAGAAGCCCGGCCCCGUGGGCACCACGCAGCUGCUCAAGCGGCAGGUGCAGAGGGCGGACACAGUCCUGACACACAAACAGGCACAAGCUCAGUUUGCUGCUUUUCUGAAACAAAACAUGCUGGUGAGGAAAGCUCUUCCUCCUGGCACCUCUUCAUGUCUCUUUGUUCCAGUCUCCUCAGAGCACUCGGACGGGGCUGAGAAAGAUGAGGUGCGUGCGCAGCUGAAGAGGCAGCAGACCCCCAGCCCGACCCAGUGCACCAAACCCUCCAAACGAGCCAAAAUCAAGGUGACCAUUGUCUCUCACGGAGACGCCGCGGGCGUGGGGACCGGAGCAGCCCUCACCACCCAGGCCGAAAUUGUCGCUGGAAAGCCGGUCCCCAUGGCCGUGAGCCAGUCCGUAUCGGGUGCGAAGGAGCUGUCGGGGCUGCUCGCCACCCCCAAGCUGAGUUCGGCCGUAGAAACCUCCUCCUCGAGUCCCGCUCCGUCUGCCGCUGUCCCCAGCAGCACGACGCCCGGCGCGUUCCAUGCCCUGCAGAGCAGGCUGGUGGCCAGCGGCACCCACUGUGUGCAGGCCCAGCCGGCCAGCGCCCUCCAAGGAGCAGCAUCUGCCAGCAGCCUCCUACAAGGGCUGAGCUUCAGCCUGCAGGACAUCGGGACCAAGUCCUCGGCCCUUCCCGCUGGCGCGGCUGCGGCCGGGUCGCCCGUGCAGACCUCAGCUGUGAAGACACCCACGCCCAUCCAGACCCUGAGCGCCAUCACCACGGGCACUGGCACGAUUGUCCGCACCAUCCCGGUUGCCACCUCUUUGUCUCUGGGAGCCUCGGCCAGCGGGAAGCCCACGGCCAUUCACCAGCUGCUGACGAACGGGGGACUGGCCAAGCUGGCCAGCAGUCUGCCCGGCCUGGCCCAGAUCUCCAACCAGGCGGCAGGCUUGAAGGCCCCGACGACCAUCACUGUGACGCUGCGUGGGCAGCCCAGCCGUGUCACCACGCUGAGCCAGGCGGCCAUGGGGACCAUCCAGCCCCAGCCGGAGGAACAGCCGAUGCAGACGCAGGCACCGCAGGCUCCGGAUGGUGCGGUUGGGAACCUGCCGGCCCCGGCUCCGAUGGAUCUCGGCAAAGCCCAUGCCGGCGCAGAGACGGCUCCCGCCGACCCCCCGGCGCGUCCGACCGCCGCAGCACCCUUAGUGACCGCCAGCAGUCCCAUGAAGACGCUCUACGUCAUGUCGGACGCCAAGCUGUCUGCGCUCACCAAGUCUGCGAUGGGCGAGGUCCCGCUCAAACUGCCGGCCAUCCAGCCUUCCUCCUCCUCCUCCUCCUGCUCUCCCACCGGCGCCGUCACCUUCGCCAGCGCCGCCAGCAGCCUGCUCCACUCCAAGGUGGGACCUGUCCUUCAAACCGCUUCCAAAACCGUCAUCCUGACCUCUGCGUUGGCCGCGGUGAAGGGCGACAGGCCCCUCGGACACGUUGGGGACAAGCUCAGCCUGAGCAAGAGCGUCCCGGCCCUCGGCCACGCUCUGGGGACGGCGGAGCCGCUGGGGAGGGUCCCGCCCGCAGGGGACGAGGGGAGCGUUGGCCACGGCAGGGAAGCUCUGGCCAGCAGACACUUGCUGCCGCAGGCGGUGCUGCCGGGGGGAGCCGGCACCGCGCUCAUAGCGCUGGGCGGCUCCUCUGUCAUCGCCGCGGCGGGAACCGCGCUCGGCCAGAAGCCGUAGGGACCCCCCGGGACCCCCUCUGCUGCCACUGGGCGCUUUGGGGAGACAGAGCUCGGCUGUGGGGUGGGAGAGGAGCAGCCCCGUGUGGGGCUGGAGCGAACCAGGGCGUGUUUUUCUGGUUUUGUUGCUGUUUAAUAAAACUUUGUCAUUCUUUACCAA